AUGACUGCCUGUAGGAUAUGCCUUAGUGAAAAACCUGACAAAGAUAUAUUAGAGUUACAAGUUAACGAAAAGAGAGAUGUGAAGUCAUUUGCCGAAAUCAUCAUGUUUUGUUUAGACAUACAGGUAGAACAAGACUCAAAAAUUAGUACAAAACUUUGUUUAAAAUGCCACAAAAAGAUUUUAACUUUUUACAAGUUUAAAUCUUUAGCUCUAAAUAGCGACGCAUAUUUGAGGUCAGUGGAAAUAAAAAAUGAGAUAUAUCUUAAAGAGGAUGAAAUCAAAAUAGAAUCUGAAGAGUUAUCUAUAGGUGGUGAUGCAGAUGAACUUAAGCAUGAAUUAAACGAUGACAUUUGUUUGAAAAGAGAAUGUCCUGAGAAUGACUUUAAUUCUGCAUCAGAAGAUGAGUUGCUCAGUGUAAUUAAGAAGAUUAAAUAUGAAUAUGUGGAGGAAGUUAAAGAGAAUGAACCAAAAAUUAGAAGAAGAAAACGCACUAAGGUUAAUUCUAAUGUGGCAUCAAGCUCAAAACAGAUGUGUGAGGAAUGUGGGAAAACUGUAUCAGAUUUAAAGGCGCAUUCUUAUUUACACCUGCCCAUGUCAGAACGGAAACGAAUCAAAUGCCAUGUUUGUGAUAAGAUGUUUUCUAGUCACAGUGCAAGAUAUAAACAUAAUAAAAUAAAGCAUUUAGGAGUAAAGCAAAUAUGUACCAUCUGUAAUAAAGCUGUAACCCAUUUAAGGCAACACAAUCGUGUGGUGCAUGAUAGAGAAUCGUUACCCUUGGAGUGUGUGGAGUGCGGGCGCCGUUUUAUUAGUAAGUCGAACUUGGACUUACACAUGAGGACACAUACCAAAGACCGACCCUUCGGCUGCGAUCUCUGUGAUAAGAAGUUUGCAACGAAAGGCCUAGUGCAUCAACAUAUACGAUCUGUACACGACAAAGAAAAAUCACACCUAUGUCAACUAUGUUCUAAGAGUUUCUUCAAGAAAUAUCAUCUACAUGUGCACUUAAAGAGUCAUUCUAAAGAAAAGACGUACGAGUGUCCUGACUGUGGCAAGUUUUACAAGACAGUUGCGACGCUGAAGAGUCAUCGCGAGACACACGGUGACGUCCGAAACUUUGGUUGUCAGAUAUGUACACAGACCUUUAUGAAGAAAGACUACCUGAUGGCGCACAUGCUGUCCCACACGAAGGAGAAGCGCUACUCGUGCCAGUAUUGCGGUGUCAAGUUCCACCGAUCCGACCACCGCAAACGACACGAGUACACGGCCCACCAGAAGCAUCUUCUUGCCUCCACCACGUCAUCCACGUGA